AUGCCAUGCCUAGAGAUUCACGUACGGCGCGAGGGCAGCCGUGUCAUCUGCAGCGGAUGCUACCGAACGGGUUGUCGUAGGGUGUCACUGCGCUGCAAGGCUACGAGAAGCGACCCGGAUGGCACCGGCGUACGACAGGUUAUGGCAGCUGACGCGCAACACCGAGGCUGGGUGGCUAGCUGGCAGGCUCACGAUUUGAGUGUGGCGCGUGCCGACGGGCCGCCUUGUUUCCACGUAAUCUGCAUCCUGUUCGCCUUGUGCCUCGUCCAGUGUCGAUAUGCCUCACGGCUCGAUGAGGACUUGAACGAGAAGCGGGCGGACAGGGCAUUCUCUGACGAGGCAGACAUACUGUACCCUAUCGUCGAAUCAGAACGGAAUGGCACAGCGCACGCCGCGGCAGGCCGUCGCGACUAA